CACGGCAUCAGACAGCGCGUCGGCAUCAGAGAAGUACCCUGUGUCAUCACGCUCUGUCCGAACAGCCCUGCAAGACCAUGCAGUCUGGCUGGGUACUAUUUGCGGCUUUUGCACUGGGAGGGUCCUGGAGUGGGGCUCCCUCUGCCUCUGGUGCGGACAGCACAAGGAACUGCUCCGUCACCCCGCCGUACCUCCCACCCACGGCCAUCAACACUACCCUGAGGCUGCAGGCCCUGAGGGGCGUCAUGGCCCCCCUCAACAUCACUGCCUACAUCAUCCCCGGGACAGAUGCUCACCUGAGCGAGUACAUCGCCGAGCGAGAUGCCCGGAGGGCCUGGAUGACGGGCUUCACUGGCUCCGCUGGCACAGCUGUGGUGACCCAAACUAGGGCUGUCCUGUGGACCGACAGCCGGUACUGGGUGCAGGCAGAACGCCAGAUGGACUGCAAUUGGGAGCUAGAGAGAGACUCCUCCAUCAGCAGCAUAACAGACUGGCUGAUCCGGGAAGUCGCAGAGGGAAAGGAGAUCGGCUUCGACCCCUUCCUCUUCUCCAUGGACACAUAUGAGGCCUACAAUGUCAAGCUGGCACCUGCCAAACGGGUCCUGAAGUCCCUGCCUGACAAUUUGGUGGACAAGGUGUGGACCGACCGGCCCCCGGUCCCAACAGACAGCAUCUUCCGCCUUCCUGACAACAUCAUUGAGAGAACCUGGCAGAUGAAGGUGGAGGACAUUCGGCAGCAGAUCAGGGACAACCAAUACAAGCCCACAGCUGUCCUGCUCUCUGCACUGGAUGAGACCGCAUGGCUCUUCAAUCUGCGCGGCAACGACAUCCCUUACAACCCCUUCUUCUACUCUUACACACUGCUGACCCAGGAAGAGAUCUGGCUCUUUGUGCACACUGAAAGAGUGUCGGACGAGCUGAAGGCGUACCUGAAUGCGAGCUGUUACACCGCCCAGUGUGUGCAGCUGCUAGACUACGCACAGGUGAGGGUGUACCUGCAGGACUACCUGGUGCGACCCAGCGUGAGGGUGUGGAUCGGGACGGAGUACACCACCCGAGCCCUUUCGGAGCUGAUCACGCCAGAGGAGAAGAUACUGACAACUGCCUACUCCCCUGUCCUCAUCACUAAAGCGGUGAAGGACCAGACCGAGCAGCAGGUCCUAAAGGAUGCUCAUGUCAGAGAUGCUGUUGCGGUCAUGCAGCUCCUGAUGAGGUUGGAGAAGAGUGUCCCUAAGGGGGAGGAGACUGAACUGACAGCUGCACACUUUGUCAAUGAGUGCCGCAUGAAGCAGAAAUACAGUAAGGGCCCAAGCUUUGAGACCAUUUCUGCCAGUGGGCCCAAUGCUGCUCUGGCCCAUUACAGCCCCACCAAUGAGACAAACAGGAAGCUCAGCGUGAAUGAGAUGUACCUAGUGGACUCUGGUGGCCAGUAUCUUGAUGGGACCACUGACAUCACUCGCACCGUGCACUGGGGGACGCCCACUGACUUCCAGAAGGAGGCUUUCACCCGUGUGCUGAUGGGGAAUAUUGAGCUUUCCAGAACCAUCUUUCCAGAAGGGACCAGAGGUGUAUACAUGGAGAUGCUGGCCCGCAAGGCAUUGUGGGAAGUGGGGCUGAACUACGGCCAUGGGACAGGCCACGGUGUGGGGAACUACUUUGGUGUACACGAAUGGCCUGUUGGCUUUCAGUCCAACAACAUCCCAUUUAAAGAGGGCAUGUUCACCUCCAUUGAGCCAGGAUACUAUAAGGAAAAUGACUUUGGAAUAAGGAUUGAAGAUGUUGCUGUUGUAGUUAAAGCAGAAACUAAGUAUGGUAACAACUACAUGACCUUCGAGACGGUGUCUCUGGUGCCUUACGACAGAAAGCUGAUCGACACAUCUAUCAUGAGCCCCCAACAGCUGCAGUGGCUCGAUUCGUACUACCAGAAGAUCCGCAGCGUGAUGGGGCCGGAGCUGGAGAGGCUGCACCUGAAGGAGGAGCGCGAGUGGAUGAUGAAGAACACAGAGCCCUUCCUGUCGGCCGGAGCGCCUUCCCUCAUCUCCUCCCUGACGCUGACCCUGACAGUGCUGUCCAGCACUUUGCUUCAGUGCCUGCACUGAUGAUGUCACUCCCCUGAUACUGGCCCUACGCCGGUAAUGCCUCUGCUCUGGUAAUGCCCCUACACCGGUAAUUCUUCUACUCUGGUAAUGCCCCUACCCUGAUGCUGCCUUUACCCUGAUAAUGCCCCUACUCUGAUAAUGACUCUAUUCCGGUAAUGCUCCUUCCCUGGUAUUGCCCCUCCCCUGAUACUGCCCCUGCCCUGAUAUAAUGCUUUCCCCCCUGACAACAGCUCUACUCUGAUAAUAAGCCUCCUUUGAUAG